AUGAAUAAAGUGUGUAUGAAAACCAUUUUUGCUAUUUUAAUCUUAUUCCCAUAUGUAAGGAAUCAAGUUCUUGAAACCGAUUCUGUUCCAAGGGAAGUUUUUUUAACUGAGGGCCUUAAAAAUCCUGUUAUUUAUGAUCCGAAUGAAGUAUAUGAAAAAAAUAAGCAUCUGCUUUCCGCAAAUUCUGAAGAAAAAGAACACGCGGAAGAAAUUAUGAAAUCUGCUAAAAGAAUGUUCCUUCGAUAUGCUACAAACGAUUACACUUUCAAAUUAUAUGAGAGAUACGGUGACAAUACAAAUUUAUAUUUUAAAAAAUGUAAAGGUGAUAAAUACGUUGGAAAAAUUCAUACUAAAAUUCACUAUCCCAAUAAGUAUAAUGAGAUAGUAAAAAUUUUGUGGGACCCCAAUGGCGAAAAAGAAUACAAUCGUGACUUUGUUAACGGAAAAGUUGUCCGUGCAUACGAUCCAAAUUUAUUAAUGAUACAACAACGUUAUAGAAAUGGUUUUAUGAGGCGUCAUAACUAUUUUUAUGCUUUCUCCGCAAAACAUGAAACAUCUAAUAACACAACUAUAAUUGUCAAGGCUUCAGGAAAUAUAAAUGAUCACAACAAAAAUAGAAAAUACAGUGAAAACCUUCUCCUAAGAACUGCAAAUUUGUUCAAAUUUGACGUUGAUCCUGAUUCGGACAUUGCAGCGGGAAGAUUAAACAACAUGGUUGUUGACUUAUCCGGAUAUAUCAUUACAAAAAAAAAAGACCAUGUUGAAAUUAUUCAUGUUGACUCUUUUCAUGAUAAUCAUCCCGAAAACCCUCAAUGGUAUAAAUUAGUAAAGAGAUCAGAAAGAUUGGGAUCUGUUAUUGAAUUAAGGGAAUACAUUGAUGAUAAAUACACAUAUUCUCCCAAAUUGGGUGAUUAUUCAUAUGUAUUUUAA